AUGAAACCGCGGUUAUUCUCCACACUACGGUGUCUUCAUCAUGAAAACCCCUUGGGUCUUCCACGGUCCGGCGCCCCGCCUCAGAUCCCUCGCAUGCAGAGAGGAUUGCCACAGAAGAGGGAUAUUAAAGAUGUGAAGAAAGUGGUAGCCGUGAGUUCGGCGAAGGGUGGGGUUGGGAAGUCAACAAUAGCAGUCAACCUAGCCCUCUCCUUCGCCCGUCGCGGCCAUCGCACCGGCAUCCUCGACACUGACAUCUUCGGUCCCUCGAUCCCCACACUCCUCAAUCUAUCCGGCGAGCCUAGGCUAUCGAACAACAACCAACUCCUCCCCCUCUCAAACUACGGCCUAAAAUCCAUGUCCAUGGGCUACCUCAUUCCUGAAGCCUCGCCCGUUGCUUGGCGGGGGCUCAUGGUCAUGAAAGCCCUACAGCAACUCCUCCACGAAGUCGACUGGGGCGGCCUCGACAUCUUAGUCCUCGACCUCCCUCCCGGCACUGGCGACGUCCAGCUCACCAUAACCCAACAAGUCCACCUCUCAGGUGCCAUUAUAAUCUCCACGCCGCAAGACCUCUCACUCAAAGACGCAACGAAAGGCGUAGCACUGUUCCGCAAAGUCAAUGUCCCGAUUUUGGGCCUCGUGAGUAAUAUGAGUAGUUUCGUGUGCCCGGGUUGUGGAGGUAAGCAUCCGAUUUUUGGGCCGCUGGGGAAGAUUAGGGAGAUGUGUGGGAGAAACGAUUUGACGCUGCUUGGAGAGAUACCGCUGCAUCCGAAGAUUUGUGAGGAUGCGGAUCGGGGGAAGCCGACUGUUGUUGCGGAUCCGGAUGGGGAAGAGGCGAGAAUAUUUAAUAGCAUUGCGGAUACUGUUGGGGAGUUGAUAGGGCUGGGGAAAUAA